AUGCCCAAGCCGAUUACUGCUCGCGACUUCACGAUCGGCUGGAUCUGCACUGUGCCCAUCGAGCUAGCAGCAGCGAUUGAGAUUAUGGAUGAGGAAUACGCUGAACUCCCGUCCCAGCAGCAAGAUCCGAACGUCUACUGCUUCGGCCGCAUCGGUGUCCACAAUGUCGUCGCUGCUUGCUUGCCCGCCGGCCAGACGGGCACAAACAAAGCGGCCAUUAUAGCCAGCCAUAUGAAGCAAAGUUUCCCAUCGCUAUUAUUCAACAUCCUCGUCGGUAUUGGUAGUGGCGUCCCAAGCCUCGAGGAUGAUAUCGACAUUCGGCUUGGCGACGUCGUUAUUAGCCAGCCAAAUGGGCAGCAUGGCGGAGUAAUUCAAUAUGAUUUCGGGAAGACUGGGGCUAAUGGUCGCAUCGCUCGUACUGGUAGCCUCAAUGCGCCAUCGACGAUACUCCUUGAUGCUCUGGCUAAGCUCCGCGCAAAUGACAAUCGGGGCAAGACGCGGAUUAUCACGCAUCUUUCUCAGCUCGCUAAUAAACCACGGUUUAUAUCGCCAGGCCCUGAUAACGAUACCCUAUACUAUGCAUCAUCACCUCAUGCCGCCGGUGCUACAUGCGCAAAAUGCCGCCUAGAGGAUAGAGUAGACAGAGAGCCACGGGAAUCAAAUAAACCAGUCCUAUUCUUUGGCAACAUCGCAUCUGGGAAACAGGUAAUCAAGGAUGGACUAACACGCGAUAGGUAUAGUCAGCAGCUAGGAGGUAUAUUAUGCUUUGAGAUGGAGGCAGCCGGCUUGAUAAACACACUCGAUUGUGUUGUUGUUCGUGGUAUCUGCGACUAUGCAGAUGCACACAUGAAUAAGCAAUGGCAGCCAUACGCAGCUGCAACAGCAGCAGCAUGCGGUAAAGAACUACUAACUACAAUCCCGCCCCUAGUUCCAAAGACAGAUUGUAAGCGAUAUAAAAACUUGUUAAUAAAUCCUCACUUUAUGAUCCCAUUCGGCCGGAAUGAAAGCUUUAUCGGCAGGGACGUGAUCUUAACGCGACUUCUUCAUGAGAUUCCGCCGGCUGCUAAUAAAGACACCUGUCAGAGGACUACCGUCGUGGGUCUCGGAGGGAUUGGCAAGACACAGGUUGCGAUCGAAGCCGCAUACCGUAUUCGAGACGUACACCCAGACUGCUCUAUAUUCUGGGUGCCGGCCGUAGAUAUGGUUCUUUUUGAGAACGCAUAUCGCGAGAUCGGUAGAGCGCUUAACAUAGAAGAACUUGAAGAAGACGAAGCGGACGUCAAAAGCCUAGUUAAAACGGUUCUAGAACGCGAAGAUGUCAAUAGUUGGCUUCUUAUCGUCGAUAACGCUGAUGACAUGGACUUACUCUUUACUGGUCCUAAGUUGGCAACUUAUCUCCCUUUCAAUCGGAAGGGCUCUAUAUUGCUCACAACACGAAACCUCAAGGCUGCAGUACGAUUCAGUCAUCCUCGUGUCAUACGUCUAUCGGAGAUGGGUGUUGUCGAAGCCACUCAACUCUUACAAACGGGCUUAGACAAAUUCCAAAUCAGUGGCGCACAGGAAACUACACAAUUGCUCGAACAUCUCCUUUAUCUUCCUCUAGCCAUUCGGCAGGCAUCGGCUUAUAUCGCCUCUAAUAAGGAUAUGACUGUGUCUAAAUUUCUUGGGUAUUGGAAGGCCAAUGAUGAUUACCUGGGGAAGCUUCUGAGCAAGGACUUCAACGAUGACCACUAUCAAUACGAGGCUACACAGAAUCCAGUCACCACGCUGCAGAGCACUACAAAACUAUCCAUCGACACUCGAACAGUUUCCACCGAAAGCUAUAGCAAUGCUAGUGUGGCUAGCCAGAUAUUUAGCGGGGAUCUUGUCUCUACGAAGCCAUCGUCAAUUCAACCAAACAUCAAUGCCGUUGAUGAGGACAUCGCAACAAGGCAGAUGGCUGAGAUAUUCUAUAGCCACACAAAGAUUGAGAGUAACUCCAAUGAUGCGAGCGACGAAAUCAAAUCCCUCUUAUCGGAAUCUGAAGAUAUUCAGUCGAAAGAUGAAUCGAAUAUCACUCGCUGGGAAGUCAGAGAAGCUGCAGCCAGCUACCUGGCUGAAAUGUUGACUGACGAUCCAACCCUCGGUCCCUUAUAUGCAGAAGCGUCUAAACUUUUGGACGAUGUGCGUUUUUUUCGCAACCAUGGGCGUUUGCUUAAAAGAUAUUACCUGUCGCUGCGCUCACAAGCUUCAAGCCGAAAAUUAAGCGUGGCAAUUGACUUUCUCAGACCAAGAUCUCACAGAAGCCUUAUCUCAAGAAAGAUUCUUGAGAACACAGGGAGGAAAAGGGUUCAUGUGGCAUUGCCUGAAGCUAACGAGCGGAACUUAAUCCUAGAACGUUAUCUUAACGGCGUCGAAGUCCAGCCAGACGUGGUGGAAACACCACUAGAUGUUGAUGAAAGCAGUGGACGUGAAAUCUCUGAGGAUGAGAUCGAAGACGACCAAGAUGGAUUUUCUCUCCUUGAUCUUGAUUAUGCCAGGAGCUACUUCGUCUCUGGAACACCGCUAAUAUGUUUCAAAGUCGAGUUCCGAGAUUUCCUCAACCUCUCCAAGAAAGACGUGGAGGAGGUCCAAGACGAGACGCAGAAACAAACACAGGAGGCAAAGCAAUGGGGAAACACUAAACGUCAAAGUCUGUAUUACGGCGUUACUUACUGGAAAAGCAGACUAUUUUCACGGCUGUACGAUGCGUGGUUUCUGCCAAGACCUGGGUAUCAAAGAAUACGUUACAUUUGUGUUCGUGGCUGA